AUGGCUUCCCUCAAGGAGCAGGACAUGAAGAUUGAAGACGAAGAAGAGCUGGAUGACCUUGCAAAGCAGCUUGAGAAGCUCCAAGUGGGUGACGUUGGGAAGGAAAAUCGCCCCAAGGUGAAGGCCGAAGUGACUGCCGAAGUGACUGAGACCGAGCAGCUAAAAGAGCUGGCAAAUCUCCUGAACCGCCCGGCGCGAGAAGUGGCAGGAAUUUGGUCGGUCGCGAAAGAGUCGGGCUACUGUUUGCACUGCUCCAGGAAGGUGGCGACUGGCCCGGGAAGCAAAGAUGCCAAGUUGAAGUUGUUGAACCUCUUCCUGACUGAGGAGAUCAAGUCCCCGAGUUUCGCAGACGCCUUCGUUACCUUUGGCCUGAACAAAGGCAACAAAACGGAGGCCACCUGGAAGCCCUACAAGUACAUGGUGGACUACUACGGCCGGGCAGAGUUCAUGCGACGCCUGCAGAAUGGAACCAUCCAGUCCCGCAAAGAUGGAAACGAAUGGGAGUUUCGAUUGGUGACGAAGACCGAAUACGAGGACAAGCAGACGAAGAUGGGGCUCACUGCCAGGAACGGGCACAAGAUCAACGACAAAGCCAUGCUGGAAGAUGUGAUCAACGAGGAUCCGGAUGUCUCCCAGUUCUUCAAAGGGCAAGAGUCAAGGCAGGAUCCAGGCCUCAUCCAAUUCCUUGAGCAGAAGGGGGCCUUGAAGAAAGGAAGGACCCGUGGUCUGGAUGCCGCCGAUCCGCACCAUGAUGGCGACCAGGAAAUGGUUGAUGUUGGGGACAAGCUGUCGGCUUUGACCGCCAACUCUGGUCAGAAGCCCAAGGAGCUCUUGAAGAAGGCUUUGGUCUUGCUACAGGGCCUCCUCAAGAAGCCGGAGAAGUCGGACAAUGCCCGUGUCAUCAUCAGGCACCACAUCCACACCCUGGAGGAGAUUUCCCGUACCAAGGGCACGAAGGUUGAAGAAGUGAAGGAUGCACUGCUCAAAGCAAUGCAGGCCAUCAAGACGGUUUAA